AAGUUUCAUUUGACAACAAAACGAACUAUAACUGUUAAGGGUUUGUAAGUCCAAAAAAAAAAAAAAAUUUACUUCGUAGAUCCGGUCCAUUACGAGUGACGACACAACCCAACACUGAAUAGCAUAAACUGUGCUGCAUAAAACAUAGGGUUCACUUCACUGGAAUCAAUUUCUUCCUCCAUUGCCCAAAAAUCAUCUGAAAGAUGAAAACUUUAGCGAAAUGUCUGCCUAUUUCCUCACACCAUUUCCGUUCUUCAACAAUCCACAAACAAUUCUCUCAAUCUUCAUCAACUUUCUCCUCAUUAUCAGAACCCUUAACUUCCCAGCAACCAAUCUUAGAACAAAUUCCAGAAUCUUCAUUUCCAAAUCAAUCAGCAAACUCAACUGAUCUAAAAGAGGCAAAUUCUCAAAUACCCAUCUCACAAAAUCCCACAAAUCUUUCUCAAUCUGAUGUAAUAAACAGUUUAUCAAGCAUAAAAAUUGGGCCUUCAGCUUCAAAGUACUUAGAAUGGGCUGAGAAACAACCAGAGUUUAGUGUUGGGGUUGAUUCUUUUGUGUUGCUUUACAAUUUAAUGGGUUUAAAAGGUCAGAAAAGUGCAGUGAAGCAAUUGGUUUCAAGCCAGAAAUUCCCUGAUUCUACCACUGUAAUUCAAGGCCUCAAUGAUUGCUCCAAAAGGUUUGAUUUUGCUUUGAAUUCAAGGGUUUUUAAUUACUUGUUGUAUGGUUAUAUUAAUGCUAGAAGAAUUGAGGAUGCAAUUUGUUGUUUUGAUUGGAUGUUUGAGAACAACAUUCAUUUCAUGGUGUCAUAUUUAACUGUUCUUUUACGUGUGUUGCUUGUAAACAAUAUGACUAAGGAAGCUGUGGAGUUGUAUGAUAAGGUGCUUGGUAAAGGGAUUGUUGGAAAUGGUGAUACCGUUGGUAUGAUGAUGGGAGCUUGUUCGAAAGAUGGGAAAUGUACGGAGGUGGAGCGAUAUUUUAGGAUAGCUAGGGAUAAGGGAGUCAAAUUAAAUCCUGCCGCGUAUACUUGGGCUGUUGGAGCUCUUUGUUUAAAACCUGAUACGAAGGCGGCUUGUGAGCUAUUGAUGGAGAUGAAAGACAAGGGUUGGGUGCCCUCUCAGGGUAUUUACACCAAAGCUAUAGUUGCCUGUGUGAAGCAGAAGAAUAUGAUGGAAGCUUUGAGGUUGAAAGAUGCAAUGGUUUCUUGUGGGAGACCAAUGAAUUUGGUGGUUGCGACAACCUUGAUGAAAGGAUGUUGUGUUUCUGGUGAUUUGGAGAGUGCUCUAGGUUUGUUUGUGAAACUAGCUGAGUGGGGACUUUCUCCUAAUCGAGUCACUUAUUCAGUUUUAAUUGAUGGAUGCUGUGCAAAGGGCAGUAUGGAACAAGCAUUUGAGCUAUAUGACCAAAUGACUGAAAAUGGUAUUGAAAUUAGUGUGUAUAAUAUUAAUUCAUUGAUUAAGGGGUGUUUAAAAGCUCAGUUAUUAGAGAAAGCCUAUGAGCUGUUUAACAAGGCGGCAGAAUCUGGUUUAAUUGAUGUUAUUUCAUUUAAUACUUUAACGUCGUGGCUCUGUAGAGAUGGUAAUGUGGACGAAGCUUGGCAUCUAUGGGGUAAGAUGGUAAAAUGUGGAAUCAAACCUGAUCUAUAUACUUAUAACAACCUUAUACUUGGCUACUGUAAGAAAGGAAAUGUCACUAUGGCACAUAGCUUGUACGUUGAGAUGAUUGCUAAGGGUUUUAAACCCAAUGUUGUCACCUUUACAGUUUUGAUGGACGGGCAUUUCAGGAUUGGUGAGGUGGAGAAAGCCCUAAACUUGUUCGAUGAGAUGGUGAAACAAAGGGUUGAUUGUACGGAUUAUACCUACAAUACAAUCAUUUCUAGAUUGUGCAGACAUGGCCAAACAUCUCAUGCAAGGAGCACGCUAGAGAAUUUCAUGAAGAAAUAUAAGUUCAUACCGUCUUGCAUGACCUACAAUAUAAUUGUUGAUGGAUUAAUUAAGGAGGGCCAUCUAGAUACUGCAUUGUCUGUUUAUAAUGAGAUGGGUGAGAAAGGAUUCUCUCCAAAUGUUUCUACAUACACAAUUUUGAUGGAUGCGUUCUGUAAGAGCAAUAAUAUUGAUCUUGCUUUGGAAAUGCAAAAGGAAAUGAUAAGCAAGGGUGUUAAAUUGGAUGUUGCUGCAUAUGGCACGCUUAUCAAUGGUUUUUGCAAAAGAGGGGACAUGGAAAGUGCUUGUAGAGUUUUUCAUGAGCUGUGUGAAGCAGGGUUGGCUCCAAACAUAAAUAUUUAUAAUACCAUGAUCCGUGGUUACAUUAAUCUGAAUAACAUGGAGGCAGCUCUUUCAUAUCAUGAGAAAAUGACUGAACAAGGGAUUAUCUGUGAUUUGAAAACAUAUACGACUUUGAUAGAUGGACUUCUAAAGGAAGGUAAAUUGCUUUCAGCUCUAGAAUUUUACGCCGAAAUGCUAGCAAAAGGAAUUAGACCUGACAAAAUUACAUAUACGGUUUUGGUGAAUGGUUUAUGUAAGAAAGGCAAACUGGAAAAUGCACGUGACUUGUUCAAAGAGAUGGAAGAGAAGGGGUUGACUCAGAACUCUCUGAUAUAUAAUGCCUUGAUUGCUGGUUAUUUUAGGGAGGGUAAUUUGCCUGAGGCUUUCAGAAUGUAUGAUGAAAUGCUUGAGAAAGGUCUUACACCAGAUAAAAUGACUUUUGAUUUUCUAAUGAAUGCAAACUUUAAGCCAAGUUACCAAUCAGCAAAGAAGUUACUUACUUAAGCCAUCGGACAUGGGCACAUGGCUAUAUUCUGCAAAGAGGCCCAAAGCUCUAUGUUGCAUGAGCUUUUUGCCGACUUUCUGACAGAAGGAGAUUGGACACUCAAGGGGAGCAGCAAACUUGAGUAGGCUGAUAAGAGAAAUGUUGAAGAUGGAGAGAAGUUAUUGACGUGCUGCACUCCAAUCUGCUUGAAAGGCACAAGUAACCAGUGAAGUAUGUAUAAUCAGAAGAAAAGGUUUCUUCUGGGGUUUAUUAACGCUCCUGAUUGGCGCAGUACUUUCCCGUAGCUGAGAUGCUUACCGUUCUCUCAAGUAACUUUGUUGCAGGGCCACUGAAAGCCUUAAUCGUACUGUUCCCUGAUUCGACAAGGCUAAAUAGAGAACUUGUUCUCCCACCAACUCGAGAGGACGAAUUGUGUAGGGCCCGUACCAAUUAAAUUUACCAAAGUUCCCUCUCAUACUUUCUCGAUGGCAAACAAUUUUCGAUAUGGCCAGAUUCCAUAAGAUUCAAUCACUCAAUGCUUUCUCAACAUUCGAUAAUGGUGAUUUUUUGCCGUUCUUUUAUCCCAUUACAAGCAUAUGCACUCGAAUUGCUAGCUCAAAUUUGGUGAUAAAUUGUGCUUCUGGUGCUGAAAUUAGGUGGCUUAUUUAAGUAGAAGCUUUCAAUCUGAGGUUUUAGUUACUGAAAACAUCUCCAAAAGCUGUAUAUGUUUCUAUGUGCAAAUAUUUGUAACUGGAACCAGUCUUGGAACUACGGCUUCAUAUAUGUUUUGCAAUACU